CUCCAGAGGAACAGAGAGAGAGUUCACUUACACAAGUGUGCCCUGUAAGCCUGUAAAACCCUUUCCUCGCUGUAAAAGCCAGUGUCCUUCACCAGUCCUGAGCCCAAUACUCUUCCAUCUACAUUAAGAAGCUCAAUUCUGGUCUCUACUCCCCAAGGUAGAGCCAAAGUCUUGACUUCAGCGAGGACAGGGAUGGCAGACAAACCGGGACCUGUGGGGGCUGCGGAUGAGCCUCAUGUCAUGAACAUCCUCUCUCUGCUGGAUCGUGUUGCCGGAAUAAUCGACAAUGUACAGGCGUGCCAGCAACGUAUAGAAGAAAAGCAGCUGGAGCUGGAGAACAAUGUGAAGAGCAUCCAGGCAGAUGUAGUGAAGCUGACGAAGGAGCACAGCACCACCAGUAGUACUGUGGACAAGCUACUAGAGAAAACACGUAAUGUCAGCUGCCACAUCAAGGAUGUGCGUGUCCGUUUGGAAAAACAAAAUCUUCGUGUCAAAAAGGUAGAAGAGACCCAGGGUGAGCUGCUAACCAAGAACAAGUUCCGUGUGGUAAUCUACCAGGGUGAUAAUGAGGUCCCAGCUGUUGCAGCCCCAAAGGGAGCAGCAGGUGGAGAUGCUUCCACGAAUCCAGAUGCACUUGAGGGCCCAAUUCCUGACUCAGAUGAGGAAUACAUGGUUGUUGAGGAAGCUGACUCCACUGCUGCCAAACUGAAGAAGACUGGCCUGAAGCGCAUUGAAAGUCUGAAGAAUGCCUUUUCCCGUGAGAACAUGACCAAGACCAAGGAGAGCCUGGGCACUAAGGUCAACAAGCUGGGUGAGCGCAUUGUGACGGCUGAGCGGCGUGAGAAGAUCCGCCAGUCAGGAGAACGCCUAAAACAGUCUGGUGAGCGGCUCAAAGAAACCAUCACCAAGAAUGUUCCAGCAAAGCUCAAGAAGGAGCGAACUGUGGCCGAGGGUCAAGAAGGAGCCGAGGGGACCACAGAGGGUGCAGCACCAAUUCCACCACCCAAGGGCCGCAAAACUAGUCCAGAUGUGGCUUACACGGAACCCACAUUGAAGCAGGAAGGAGCAGAGGAAGGAAAAUCAGAAGAAAUGGAAGUGCCAGUGUUUGAUAUGAAGCAACUUUCCUAAGCAGCAAAUCAAUCUAAUCAAAUGAAUGUUUGUAGAUUUGGGUAGGUUUUGGGAAACUUUCUGUGGGAAUUAAGAAGGCUGAAUAUGGAUCUGGAGAACAUGGGCCAGGCAGAAAUAUAAUGUAAAGAAGUUUGUAAAAGUCAUGCAAAAUGGCUUCAUGGAUUAAUGGAAUUAAUGUUUAGCCUAUAAACAAAGAAUCGUAUCUUUUUUAACAUUUGAUAUGGACUAAGAAACAUGGAAGGAAAAUGUAUGCUUUAGUAAGUAAACUGAAGAGGAAGUGUCUGUGCUGUAGACUUUUUCAAGAAUACAAGAAUUUUAGAUGAUUUGUAACAUACUCUAGUACUGAAUUGUAUUCAUCUUUUUGCAUGUAACAUUUUUGCAUGUGUUAAUCUCUGUGCUACUAAAGUACAAAUCUUAUACAAUUAUUAGCAUUUGCUGACCUUGAGAAUCACUCAUAGCCCUUUUAAAUAAACAGCCCUCAAUCAG